AUGGAGCUCAGUUCACUCCCUGUGAUGCUCUUGCUGAUUUCACUCAUACCAGCGCCCCAGGCUCAAGGGAGUCCUAAAGCUGUGGUGUCCAUAAAGCCUGAUACACAUGUGUUCACUAGAGAGACUGUUACUCUCAGAUGUGACAUACAGGGAGGAGGAGACAUUCAGUGGACUUACAGCUGGAAGAAAAAUAAUUACAAACCCAAUACAGAUGAAAAAGUGAGAAUCUACAUCAACAACACAAUGCAGAUGUUAAUAAUCCGUUCUGUUGAAGACACUGACAGUGGAACCUACACCUGCAGAGGACAUGGGAGAGACUCUCAGAGAUCAGAGACCAGUGAUGUUGUUACACUGACUGUAUCAGCAAAACCCAAAUCAGCUGUAAGAGUGAUUCCUCAGAGCUCUGUCUACACUGGAGACACCAUCACUCUGAGCUAUGAGCUGCAACAGGGGACUGAAUGGGAGUUUUACUGGUAUCAAAAUAAUCAGCCAUUAGAGAUUCUGAGCAGUAAACAAGAAAAAACACUUAAAGUAACAGUAGAAAAUGUAGGAGAAUCAGAGUACAAGUGUUGUGCUGGAAGGAGAAACUACUACAGCUACUAUUACAACAGCUACUACUACGACUACCACACAGAGCUCAGUGAUCCUGUCAAGAUUACAGUGAGAGUUAAACCCAAACCGACUGUGAGAGUGAAUCCUCAGAGCUCCGUCUACACUGGAGACACCGUCACUCUGAGCUGUGAGCUGCAGCAGGGGACUGGAUGGGAGUUUCAAUGGAACAAAAAUAAUCAGCUGUUACAGAAUCUGAACAGUGUAAAAGUGAACACACUUAAUGUUACUAUCGGUAAUGCAGGAGAAACAGAGUACAAGUGUCGAGCACGCAGGAGAAACAUCUACUACACAGACUUCAGUGAUCCUGUCAAGAUUACAGUGAGAGUAAGACCCAAACCGACUGCGAGAGUGAAUCCUCAGAGCUCCGUCUACAUUGGAGACACCGUCACUCUGAGAUGUGACAUACAGGAUGAAAGUGUCUCUAGCUGGCAGUACAGCUGGUAUAAAGAUACUUCACACAGACCUGUCAGUAGUGAACAGGUGUACAGUAUCAGUGGUGUUGAAGUGACCCACACAGGUACAUACACCUGUAGAGGAACAGAGAGAGGAGGCUCACGCUCCUCACACUCCAGUGAUGUUAUUACACUGACUGUAUCAGAGAGACCACAGACAGUACUGAGUGUAUCUCCACACAGCUGGCUGACUGAAGGAGACUCAGUGACUCUAAGCUGUGAGGUUACAGACUCCUCUACAGACUGGACAUUCAGCUGGUACACAGUUGUUCCCUACAGAGACGGAUUAACUGGAAUAAAUAAUAAUCAUGGCUAUAUGGUGUAUGUGGAUCUCCUCUCAGACAGCAGCAGAGGAUCUGGAGGCAACUACACUCUCAGUCCUGCUACUCUUAAACACACAGGAGCUUAUAUGUGCAGAGGAGAGAGAGGAGAACCAGCCUUUUACACACAGUACAGCAAUCUACAGCCACUAUGGAUCACUGGUGAAUCUCCUCCAGUCUCUCUGGUCAUCAAUCCCAGCAGAACUCAACACUUUACUAAUGACUCUCUCUCACUGAGCUGUGAGGACGAGAGUAAGUCUACCGGAUGGACAGUGAGACGAUACACACACACUGAGAGAGUGUUAGAUUGUUCACACUGGGGAUCAGUUACAGGAUCUACAUGUACCAUCAGCUUCCUCUCCACAUCCUACACUGGAGUUUACUGGUGUGUGUCUGAAUCUGGAGAAAACAGUAAUCCUGUCAACAUCACAGUGCAUGAUGGUGAUGUGAUCCUGGAGAGUCCUGUCCAUCCUGUGACUGAGGGACAUCCUCUGACUCUACGCUGUUUAUAUCACAACUCAAAUCCCUCAAACCUCCGAGCUGAUUUCUAUAAAGAUGGAUCAGUUCUCCAGAAAAAGUCUACAGGAGAGAUGAUCAUCCAAACUGUGUCAAAAUCAGAUGAAGGUGUCUACCACUGUGAACACCCAGAGAGAGGAGAGUCAUUGAAAAGCUGGGUCUCAGUCAGAUGUCCAUCAUGUGUAGAAGCUCCAUUCUCAUUGCUCAUGCUGAUCUGUAGUGUGGUGACGGCCUCUCCAUAUCUGCUGGUGACCACCAUUCUGCUGCUCAUAUGUUACAGAGCUCGAGCUCAUACUGAUGAAGACAGGAUUGAGAAUGCAGUCAUAGAGGAGUGAGCAAAGUUCAUGUAUAAAAAAAAAAGAAUAAACAUUUACUGAGGGAAAUAAUACUUUAUGGUUUUGUGUGUAUUUUAAAAUAAUACUGAUUUGUCAUUUUAAUUUCCUGAUGUUAUUUGCUCAGCGUUUUCUAGAUCCCCUUAUUGUUCUGUAUGGAUUUGUUUAGUUAAAGCCUGCAAACCUCCUCAUGAGUGAAGGUCAAUGUGUGUGCAAUCUCCUCUAAAGCUUACAGUCUGUUAAAACAAUAGUAAAAACUGAGAAAUAUAUCUUAAAAAAAAAGCAAAGUUUUGGAAAACAGGAUUAAUUGCAAGCAGGGGACUAAUAGGUUUGUUUAGUGCUGCACUGAGAUUUACUCAAUAGUUAAACUUGUUUUAUAUUGUAUACAUACUACAUUUAUUGACUGUUAUCUGAAAUAUUGUGUUUUGUGUUUUCUCAGUAUUUAUUCUACCACUUCUGUAUUUGUACUGCUGUGUUUUCUAUUUCUUGUGAGAUUUUCUCUAGUUGAAUAUUUAGUUGUAGACUUACAAUCUCAGACGCUGUUAUUAGUUUUGUUUAAUGUUUCAGCUGUGUGAACUUUAAUUGUAGUUGUUUGAGGAGAUUUAUGGAUGAAAUGUUUGAUCAAUUAAAUAAAUUCAUCAUUAUCAAUUAACUGCUGUUAUUGUUGUCUUUUCAUUGUCUAA